AUGAGUGACGAGAGUUGCCGUAAAAAUCGCGGUCACGUGGUACUAGCUGAUGACGCACUCGCUUUCUACUUACUCAUAACUAGAAGCCAUCGUAGGCUCCAACGUCACAACGCCCACGCGCCGCUCCACCCGCAGUGCCAGCGCCCACCUCGCCCACCAGGCAGCGCCGCGCGCUCUGCUGGCUGCGCGGACAGCAACCACGAGCAUGCUGCAGGCGGAGCAGCUACGUUGACGGAGAGCCAAUGGACGAUGCGCUGUGGAUCUUCAAGUGGAUGCACGCCACUGCUGCUGCUGCCGAGGCAGAGUCCCCAGCCGUCCCACAGGCACCUCCUCUGCCCCGACCAGGACAACAACCCCUCGCCAUUGGAGGGGCGGACCUUUGCCGUGUUAGGGCUGGGCAAUCGGCAGUACGAGCACUUUAACCUGAUUUGCCUUCCCACCACCUCCUGUUCCAACGCUCUCUUUUCCCUGCCCAUCCCCCUUGCUCUGUGUGUGUGUGCGCGCGUGCAGAUGGGCAAGAUGCUUGACAAGCACCUCGCUGUUCUAGUGUGUGAAUUGUCACACACUGUAGGCACACCGUUGCGUGUCAUCCCCCCCAUGCUUGCAAGAAUGAAGCACUGCAGAUGGCGGCAACCAUGUGGCCACACGGUGUUUGCUCGCCUGCUCAUACAACACUGUGCAUCGCAUCAUGACAUGCCUGAAAUGCACGCUCACGCGAUGCGCAACCGAAUAUUCCAACCUUCUGCUUACGCCACUCUCUCUAGCGACGUUGACAUCGUUUCCAGUGCCGCGUGCCCGUUUCUUAUUGCUACGUGGGUGCCACCGCCGCGUCUUACUGAAGCCAUUGAUGGAAACUUUGGGUUGGCUUCCUGCAAAUUGUCACAACAGUAG